UCUAACAUGGCGUCUGUUUGAUUGUGUGUGUGUAUAGUGGCAGCUGACGCGAGGAAAAUAAUGGGAUCAUUAUUUUUUUAUUUUCAUCCUGAUACUCAAAAAUAAAGCUACUCAGUUUACGAAAUGCGAUAUUUGAGUUGGGGGCGGACGUCCUGCUGUUGCAUUUCAAGACAAAAAUGACGAAAAAAAAGGGGGUUUAAAUGCAGUUGUCAUUUCAUGUCAAUUAACUCACAUGCGAUCAACAGAAGUAAUGUGAAUGUGCUAAUGAAUCUUCAUUAUGUGGAUUCUUGAGAGGUUCAGACUGUAAUUUAUGCAAUGGUCAGACACUGAAGCAUGGCCAAGAAGACGGAGGCCAUGCGUGGUUUUAAUGUGUCUGUUGUGGGGUUGUCAGGCACAGAGAAGGAUAAAGGACAAGCUGGAGUCGGCAAAUCUUGCCUGUGCAAUAGGUUCAUGCGCUCACUUGCUGAUGAUUAUAGUGUUGAUCACAUAUCUGUUCUAAGCCAGACUGAUUUCAGUGGACGUGUUGUAAAUAACGAUCAUUUUUUGUACUGGGGUGAAGUUACCAAAUGUUCUGAAGAAAGUAUCGAUUUCCUCUUUCAAGUGAUUGAACAAACAGAAUUUAUAGAUGACGCGUCUUUUCAGCCUUUCAAAGGAAGUAAAAUGGAGCCGUAUGUAAAGAGAUGUAGUGCAACAAAACUGACUUCUGCCGAAAAACUGAUGUACAUAUGCAAGAAUCAAUUAGGCAUUGAAAAAGAAUAUGAACAAAAAGUAUUACCAGAUGGUAAAAUAAGUAUUGACGGUUUCCUGUGUUUGUAUGAUGUGAGUGUUGUACCAGGUAGGACAAUUGAGAAACAAACAGAAAUAGUUACAGCAAUUUUAAACAAUUUGAUAAAAACGAAGAAACCUAUUGUGCUUGUUACAACUAAAAAUGAUGAUGCCAAUGAAACAUAUGUAAAGGAAGCAGAACGACUUGUAGCCAGAAAAGAAUACAAAGGUGCAAUUCCUUUAGUGGAAACAUCUGCCCAUGAAAAUAUCAAUGUAGAUUUAGCAUUUAUUGUCUUAGCUCAGUUAAUUGACAGGACCAAAGGAAGAACAAAAAUUUUGCCAUAUGUAGAGGCAGCUAGAAUUAGGAAGGAAAUUCUUGAACAGUGCACGGAAGCAUAUCAGCGUUUAAUACGUUUACACGUUAAUGAUUAUAGAGCAGUUUGGAGCUAUACUUCAAAAAAGCUUGCACAGCAAGAAGACUUUAUUCGUUUUGUUGAGCUGUUUGGUUUGGAUUGUUCCCAACGACUUUUUCGGCGAUAUGUGAAAAAGCUGAAAGAUGAACAUUUAGCAAAGAGAGUCCAGGGCUAUAUGGACAUGCUUCCUGAAAUUUUGCAAGAAAUGGUUCCUGAUAUUUCUUCUCUUCGAGACAGAGAUUGGCCGGCUGUACAACUUCGUCUCAAAGAGCAUCCAGAUUUUAGCCAGUAUUUUUAUGAAUGCCCAGACGAUAUUCCAUGGACAGAAUGUGACCUGACAGAUGUGUCAGAAACACGGAUUCCAUUUGAAGUAUUAGACACAAGUGAAGCAGAAACAGUCUUCAAGAACCAUGUGAAUGCAUUGCAGCAAGAGCAGAAAAGAUUAGAGUGGAAGAAGCAGUUCAAGCAGUUACUUGAGGACACAGGUUAUGUCACUCCAGGUAAACUUUUAUCAGAGGUCCAGGUGCUUUUUAUGGGUCGAGAAUGUUUUGAGGCCCUGUCUGAACAAGAUCGCCAACAAAUAUAUGAUCAGCACCAAAAAGAAAUUGUGGAGAAGGCAAAGCACAAUUUCCAGGAACUACUGUUGGAACAUGCAGAUUUAUUUUACCACUUCAAAAGCAUUGCACCUACUGGAACGAUAACACAGGCUGAUAUUAAGGAAAUAACUGAUGCUUUGCAGGAUGACUCCAGGUACAAAGCAUUAGACAGACUUGAUCAAGAUAGAAAACUGAUGCUUUUCCAACACUUAGGAUUUGUACAUUGUCCUAUUAGAGAGCAUUGUCCAGCCUUCCCCAACUGUAUGGAUGCUCUCAUAGAACGAAUCUUAGGAACAAAAGCUCAUAGGCCAUCCUCUUGGAACCACAACAGCCAGUGGAUCCUAAAUUCUGACAAUAAUCAGCUGAAUCUUGUUAUCCUAGGGAUUGAUGGACUAGCAGAGGAGUUAGCGAAUGAUAUUCGGGAACAGUGUGAUGAUGAUGAAUAUGAAAUAGACUGUAAUUUGUACAGUUUGGAUUAUAGAAUUAUUGAUGGUGAUGUUAGUUUACCCCAGAAUUCUUUCAAGACUUCAAAAUUCUUGCCAAAUGGGUGCUUUUGUGUGUAUUCCAAUCAAGAAUCAUUUGAAUAUGUCCGAGAUAGUUUGGAAAAAACUCUGCUCUCCAAUUUAGAGCAAGAAGAUCGUUUACCAUUUCAAGGUUUACCAAUUGUGAUUUUAUUUGUCGCUGAUCAGUCAGUUGAUGAGAAAGAGGUGCUGAGGUUACAAGAAGAAGGACAGAAUUUGGCUGAUAGUUUACAGUGUCCCUUCAUUGGCGUAUCUGUGGAUGAGAUGGAUCCAUCACAACGGUUUAGUCCUCCAUUGAUAGCAGAAGCACUGCGGCAGCUGAUACAAAGUAUCCAUCACAGAGCAGGCUUUAUAAACGUCUACCAGUCUGUAUUGGAGUGUUCAGAACCUGAUAUCAGGAUUAUAAUGUGCAUGUUUUGUGGUGAUCCAUAUUCUGUAGAAAAUAUUUUGGGGCCUCUUUUGAGUCACCAGUGCUGCUUUUUAAGUGGAGAUCGAAGUAUAAUUUUAGAAACUUUUUUGGGUGACUCUAAACGCAAAGUUGAGGUUAUCAUUUCUUCAUUCCAUGGUGCCAAUGCAUUUCGUGAGGAAUUGGUCCAUGGCUUCAUCCUAGUCUACUCAACCAAGCGGAAAGCCUCUCUCGCAACUCUCAAUGCAUUCUCAAUGAACAUUCCAAAUUUGCCAAUACAAAUUCUAGCUGUUACUGAUACUGGUGGGGCAAAUGCAUUCUUUAGUAGUGAUCUGAGUCAUUUACUAAUAACUGAGGGAAAUGCUACAGCUGAUAGACUUCAGGCACAUUUUAUGACUUCUACAUCAUCAUGUCAGCAGAAAACUGCCUUUUACACACCAUUCUUCAAGGAAGUUUGGGAGAAGAAACCUGAAAUAGAGCAAGCAUUCCACAUGGAAGAGCCGGUCAAUUUGAAUGACUGCAGUGAGGGCACAUUGGACCACCAGUCGCGUCAUCCACUUCCUCCUCCACGGCAUGAGAGUUACCUUAUCAAGACCGUUGAAUCAAAUGAAGGGAGUGGGUCAGAGAUCUAUGAAAGACUUCCUACAGAUGCAUCAUUGGCAGAUGAUCUGAAUGAACCUUUGUCAUCAACAUUCCCAGAAGACCGUUUACUUAGCCCUAGUGAUGACAGUGAGAUCUAUUCCCAUGUAGAUAUGUAUGGAAGAGACAAUGAACCUCUCCUUAAAUCAAGAGAGACGAAGAAUGCAGAUAAAUUGCAACAAGAUUUUCAGGUGUACCCCCAACCCACCACUCCUCCAGAGCCAGCACCUCCAGACCACAUCCCUCAUCGCCUGCUGAAGCCACCUAUUCUGGCUGCGGGUUCUCAUACCAGCUUGGAAGAUACAACAUCUGACAUAAGUGAUUCACGGGACUCUCUGGUGACACGUGAUUCAGAUAGAGAAGACGGUGUUUGGAUGUCAAGUUACCAACAACACGCCUUCACCACUGGCAGGCGGCAUAUGCCAGUGACCAAGACAAGGCCUAAAGGAAGCAGUCAAACACUAAAGCAACCAGGCAAACUGAAUUUAAAGGAUUUCUCGCUUGUAACAGAUGCAAUAGCUAGAAUGAAUGUUGCUGGCCGUGAAAGUACAGUGAACAAACUCGCCAAACAGGCAGGUUUUGGACAUGCGCCUUUGGCAACACCAGAAAAUGUUGAUUUGGGUUCUGAAUAUGCUCAAGUCAAGGAUGCUGUACCCGGCCUUUAUUCUUCAUAUGAUGGAGAGUAUGCAUAUACUUUAGUGCAAGAUGCUGUUGGAACCAACAAUAAAUCAAAACUGAGGCAGAGAAGAGAAAAGGGUCAACCCUCAUAUUCUGAUUCUGACAGUGACUGGAGUUCUCUUGAACGAAGGCAGAGAGCAGCAGAUGCGUACUGCAAAGUAAAUCGAAAGCCUACUCCACAUAAAAGGAUGCGAAAGAAACGUACAGCCAUCCCUGUUCCAACACCUAGAGUGCCAUCUUCUCAACCAUCAGUAACUGCUGAAAAUCUUAAUAUAGCAAACUACCAAUUGAAAGAUGAACAGUCGCGCUGUGCAUGUGAUUCCAGUGAAAAAGUUGCAAGUGAAAGUCCGUCAGAUUUUAGUGAUGCAAGUGACCCAGAGCUUUCUGGAUCAGCAACGCAGACACAUUACAAGUAUCCCAAACAUUCCAUACGUAUGAAAAAAAAGGCAGCAAACAUUGCUUCAUCAGGAAUGAUUAACUCAUCUGAGCAUCGUAGCUCAGUUCAGCGGCCAUUCCCUCCUCAUUUAACAUCGGAUUCAGAUAUUUUAGCAAAUGCAAAAGUGAAAAGUGAAGUUCCCUAUGGCACUUGUCAAGAUGAAGAAUCAAGCCUAGAUGUGUCAUCACCAAGGGAUGUCAAUUCUUCUGCGGUAAAAGACUGUGACAAAGCAUCUCGCAGAAAGGAUAAACAAAAACUGAAAUCAGAUGAAAAGCAGGAGAAAAGACGCAUCAAGGAAGAGAAACUUAAGAAGCUGGCUGAAAAGGAAAAAGAGCGUGAUAAGAAGCGCUCUAAACAGAAAGUGAAAAGUAGCCCAGUUACUCAUCAGGCAACUUUACAAGACUUUGCGCAGUCGGAAAGUAAUUAUAUCCCUUUGCUAUUGGAAAAAUGUGUUAGGUUCAUAGAAGAAGAAGGCCUUGACUCAGAGGGAAUUUACAGAGUUCCUGGAAAUCGAGCACAUGUAGAUCUCCUCUUCCAGAAAUUUGAAGAAGAUCCUAAUUUUGAUAUCCGUGAGCUUGACAUUCCUGUGAAUGCUGUUGCUACUGCACUGAAGGAUUUCUUCUCGAAGCGAUUGCCACCACUUUUGACACAAGAUAUGCUAGCUGAGCUUGAAGAUAUCUCUGGGGCGAGAAGAAUCAACAAGCAAGUUUCUACUGCAUACCUAAAUCUUGAAGUCAUCACUGACAGAAGCUGCCGACUGUUAGCAUUACGUGCUCUGUUGAAGAAACUUCCAGGAGUAAACUUUGAAGUGCUCAAGUUUAUAUUCCAACAUUUUGUCAAGGUCUCUGAGAACUGCAAGUUAAACAGCAUGGACUCAAAAAAUCUUGCCAUAUGCUGGUGGCCAACUCUUUUGCCGAUAGAAUUCAGUGACAUGGGAAGAUUUGAGCAGAUGAGGCCACACUUAGAAGAUAUUGUGCAGACUAUGAUUGACCAGUAUCCAUUUUUGUUUUGUGGAAAAGAAGCUUUUGUAAUGGUCUGAGACAGGUUUUAAUGCAGUGCAUAAUUUUGUGAGGGUGAAUUAAUGAUUACAAAGGUGAAAUAGCAGUGCUUUUUUCCAGAUAAACUCAGUGUUCUUUCCGUUUGCGUAUGUCUUGUGAGCUGUUGUUGCACUACAUUGUGGUACCCUACAAAUUAAAAUAAACAAAUAUAUACACACACACACACACACACACACACACACACACACACACACACACACAUAUAUAUAUAAAUCUAAUUAUGGUACAAACUGUACCACAACAUUAUUGUGAUAACUGAAAUGCAAUGUGAAUUCUUUCGAAUUCUCUCCUCCCUUCAAUAGAAUGCAACUGUAAUAAAGUGCAGUGCCAACUGAAUAGAAGUAAAGUCCUUCAUUAAAUGUGAAGUAAAGUUUGUAUUUUGUGCAGAUGCAGACUGUUCACAUGUACUAUGUUCAAUUGGGUACUUAGUUCAGACGUUUUGAGUGCUUUUGUGUUCCUGCCAUAAGAUUUAAAGACUUCUAUAAAUGACAGUAAUUUUUUGAUUAGAGACUGAUUUGUCAUAUUUUUCUGCUGAGAGAUUUGCUUGUCUCAAGAUGCUGCUUGUAUCAUGAGAGAUACUUGGUGCAUUCAAAGUUUGUCUCACAAGCUUGUGAGAAAAAUGUUAUUUAAGAAAUUAGUAUUAGGAUCAGACAUAUUCUGCCAGCUGCAUGUUAUGUCUUGCUAACUGAUGUGACUGCACUUCAGUAUAUGUGCUCAACACAUUAUUUUUAAUAAAACUAGAAUGCAGGUUUGAAAGUCCCCUCUGCAGUUAUAAAUAGCAAACUACACAAACUGUUGUACAAAUUUUGUUUGUGUACUUUCAGUCACUAAAUGUAUAUUUUUAUUAAACUUAUGACUGUAUAUUAUGUCGAUUGUUGCUAUGUGUCAUGUUUCGAAGAAACGUCUGUGUAAUUUUUGUUUUUCAUAUUUAUUAACAGAAACUGAUGAGUACAGAGAGAUGUAUGAGAGAAGCAAUUAUACCACAGUAAUUUUUACAUAUGUUUUUUUAUUCACUUCAUUUGUAAAUUAUACACCAUAAAUAAAACUGUGGAAUGCUUUGCUGUGCAUGUUACUUUCAGAUGUGUGUUAGUGCUUGAAACAUAUCCAGACAGGAGGCAAAAAUGCAUAUAUUUGAUUAUUUAUUUACUGUAUAUAGUUUAUGGAUGUAUAAUAGGUGUUAAUAAUAGAUUACACUUAUGUGUGUAUUUAUUUGUGAUCUGAAAUGAGAAUGACUUUUUGACGUAUCACAGUAUUCCAACACUUACAUAAUGUGAUAAUAAAUUGUUAAUAUUAUAAUCAUAUUUAUAAGAUUCAAUGUAAUAUUUUGCAAAUAAAUGUAACAUUGUAUUCCUUGUAAAAGAAAAUUCAUCUCAUACAUAACAAAUACCAUAAUGUCAUCAGUGUGUACCUUGAAGUUAUUUUAAGUUGUGCCUUUUAUUCAAAAAAGAAUGAUAAAAACUACUUUGAUUAAACUUUCAGCAGGUUCUCAUUCUCUUAGGUCUGUAGUGUUUAAAACAAUUUUGGAGAGUGUGGCAUAGGAGGAAAUAACACAUGGCUACAAAAUUUAAUGUUCAGUAUCCUGAGAUUGACAAUAACAUCACUGCAGACCACCUGUUCUUUUCCUUGCAUUUUCUUCAAAUUAUGAAUUCACUCCUUUUUUAAAAAAAAUUUGUAAUGAUACUCAUACACUCAUUGACAUUAAUAUAAUGGUUUGUCAAAUUUUUAAGAGAAACUAGGCAGACAAGACUCCAUUCAAUUUUGAACCUGUAUAUUGAGUAAUCUGAGUACAGUUUCAAUAUUUUUAUCACUGUAUCAUCGUCUUUGCAGUCAUUCACAGCUCUACUAAGAAAAUGUCUUGGUCUCAGGAGUGAUUUUCUAAUCAUUAUUAUUUUAAAUUGACUUUUUCCAAAGAGUUCAACUUGAGCUAGCUGGAAUGAAAUCAGUUCCUUAAAAUAUAUUUUUGGAAAUUGUAAAAAUUACUGAGAACAUUUUCUCCCACAGCAGCCAAAUACUAUCUACUCUGCAAGUAGUUUUAUCAUGUGCUUGUAUGGAAUAUGUCUGUUUAUCUGUGUGGACUAUUGCUGUUACAUUUAAAGGAAAUACCUUUGUCAUUAAUCUUAUUUAUGUGCAAAUAUUCAUUAUAUGUUGAUUUUUUUGUGCAAAAUAUCCUCCCACUAACACAGCAGUUUCCAGUGGCCU